CGAAACCGCUGGGUGACGUUAAAAUGGGCGGUGCCACGACUUGGGUCAGCAGGUAGCGUCACCGGAAGAACUCCUGGACGACCGGAAGUGGGGCGGGGGUGAAGAGCGGACCUUUAAGUGUUGGGUUGUGAGAAGUUGGCACAUGCUGACCCACUGGUGCGAUGGUGGACAAUCGUUUUGCCACGGCGUUGGUGAUUGGCAGCGUCCUGGCCCUGAUCUCUGCAGUGUACAUUGCUGCUGCCAUUGGUACUGACCACUGGUAUGAGUACAGGAGCCGGCCCAGCCUUUCGGAGAUGAACAGCACUGAGCUGCAGCCGAGUAGUGAGGAGUUUGAUCGUGAGGACAGCGAUGAGUACAUGUACUCCCGGGCACUCAUCAUGUACAAUGGCACCAUUGGACUGUGGAGGCGAUGUAUCAGCAAGCUCAAGGAAGGCUAUUGGUUCAAACCACCACCAGAAGAAGUGAACCAGGGCAGUAUGUGUGUCAGCUUCUCACUGAAGAACCAGUUCACACCCAAGUACAAACAGAUCGGAAACCACAACAGCGGAGUGGAUUACGUCAGAACCUACUUGAGUCGCUGUCAGAUCUUACUCCCAUUCAUCAGUUUGGGAUUGAUGUGUUUCGGGGCCCUCAUUGGAUUGUGCGUGUGUUCCUGCCGCAGCCUGUACCCUGCCAUUGGCACUGGAGUGCUGCACCUCCUCGCAGGAAUCUGUACCCUGGGCACCGUGGCUUGUUUCGCUGCCAACGUUGAGCUCCUCCACGCCAAGAUGCAGGACUUGGAGCCCCGCCCGGACGGCGAGUACGGCUGGUCUUUUUGCCUGGCGUGUGUAUCUGCCCCUCUCCAGCUCAUGGCCGCAGCCCUGUUUAUCUGGGCCGCCCGCACCGACCGGACAGAAUACAGCAGGAUGAAGGCUUACCGGGUGGCUUAGCUUGUGGUUUCCUGUUGCUCGCUCCCCCCAACGUCCGAUUUGUGAACAGGCACUUCAAUCAUGUUCGGAAAUAGCAGCGAUGUAAAAGGACUCUUUUCUUUUUUUUUUGUUCUUAAUCCUUCCCUUCAUGCAUUUCAAUCGUGGAUGUUUAACCUCAUAGUGUUCCAUGGGGAUGUAGGUCCCCCCUUUAUUUUUGCUCGGGAUCCCACGUGUCGGAAUUCUUCAAAUCCCGUCCACUCCCUGUUUAGCAGUGCCAUGCAAUCCUGAAGUAGUCUACAAAGUGCGCGUUUUGAAAACGUAGCCACUACUGCAGUCUCGGUGAGCAUGGAUGCAAACUGUGGACAGGAAGCUGUCACAAGGAGCUGGGUGCUAAUGAGCAAAUUAUUGUAGUGCUUUGGUGGUGGUUUAGUGGGCCCAGGGCCUGCUCUUCACUUCCACUCUUCAAUAGUGUCCGUAGGCUCUUUCCUGCCCACUCUGCCCCCUUGAGAGGGCAGACAGGCCCUCUGUUAUUGCCAGCCCCAUCAUUGCAGGGCUGUCACUGUGGCCCUUCCAGCUAUGCUGUGCUCCCUCCGAUUUGGCCCUCUUUUUAACAGUGCAGCAUUCCCUGUGUACUGAGGUUUUUUUUUGGCAGGAGAGUGCUCCCUCAGGCCUGGCCCUCCUGCAGUUCUAAACACCUGCUAGUGCAGCACUCCCUCGACAAUGAUUCUCUGAUAGUUCAACACUCCGUUAGGAAUGAGACUGUCCAGAAGUGGGAGCAUCUUGUUCGUAUUGCUCUCAGUGCAGUGCUCCUGCAGUUCUGACCUUCCAAUGGUGCAGUACUCCUUCAGCACUGAUUCUUCUGACCAUGCAGCACUCCAUUAGUAAUGAGCUUCUGACAGUGUACUGCCCCUCAGAGUCCUCUCUCUCUGCAGUGUUGUGCCCUCUUGGUGCUGCAUUGAGACUCUGGACUGUGACCCCAGUGUACAGGCAUUUGGCUCAGAGGCAAGAGAGAGAGUGGCCUACUCAGCACAAAAGCUUUGUUUUUUGUAUUUUUGCUGGCCAGCUAUCUAAUAAUUGCUGUCAUUUUCACAGGUCUUUGAGAACAAAGUCCCAACCUGGGUUCCUUCCAAUUCUCAGGAGUGGGAUGCCCUUGUAGUUCUAAUUGAAAGUAUGUCUUCUCUCUUAUGAGCUGAGCUCAAUGAAAUCAUGACUGAAAUGGAUUCAGGAGGUAACAGUAUCAUGGAUUCACUGGUAUGCUUUUGAGAAUAUGCGUCUGGGGGUGAACGGAGUGUGCUCUCACUCCAAAUGGAGGUGGCACUUUGAUAUAACCGGCCGUGGGACCUGGCUGACAAAGUCCCUUUGUAUAUUUAUAAUCUGUGUGAGAAGUCCUUAUUUAAUAAUUAGUGAAUGUAUUUUUAUGAUAGUUCUCCUGUACCCUGCAAUAUAUAAGUUAUUGAAAUAAAAGCAGGUGUUUAUAUAGUC